AUGAGCCAUCCAGUCAACGUCGUUGCAACUAAGCCCUUCGACGGCCAGAAGCCGGGCACCUCUGGCCUCAGGAAGAGGGUCAAGGUCUUCCAGCAGGAGCACUACACAGAGAACUUCGUCCAGGCCAUCUUCGACUCGAUAAAGCCCGAUGGCAUGACGCUCGUCGUCGGCGGCGACGGCCGCUUCUUCUCGCCCGAGGCCGUGCAGAUCAUCCUCAAGAUCGGGUCCGCCAACGGCGUCAAGAAAUUCAUCCUCGGCAAGGACGGUAUCCUGUCCACGCCCGCGGCCUCCAACGUCAUCAGGAAGUACAAGGCCGACGGCGGCAUUCUGCUCACCGCGAGCCACAACCCCGGCGGCCCGAACAACGACUUUGGGCUCAAGUAUAAUGUGUCGAACGGCGGGCCUGCGCCGGAGAGCGUCACGGACAAGAUCUACGAGAUCACGAAGACGAUCUCGCAGUACAAGGUCAUCGAGGCGCCCCCGGUCGACCUGUCCAAGAUCGGCGAGACAACGUUCGGCCCAUCGCAGGUACAGAUCAUCGACUCGGUCACAGACUACGUCACCCUCCUCCAAGACAUCUUCGACUUCCCGCUCAUCAAGUCCUUCCUCCUCGACAACGCCUCCUCGUUCCGCGUGCUCUUCGACGGCCUGCACGGCGUCACCGGCCCGUACGCACACGCCAUCCUCGUCGAGACACUCGGUCUGCCCCCCAGCGCAGUGCAGAACUGCGUCCCGUCGCCCGACUUUGGCGGCGGCCACCCGGACCCGAACCUCACGUACGCGCGCUCGCUCGUCGACGUCGUCGAGGCGAACAACAUCCAGUUCGGCGCGGCGAGCGACGGGGACGGGGACCGGAACAUGAUCUAUGGCAAGGGCGCGUUCGUCACGCCGAGCGACUCGGUCGCGAUUAUUGCGGAUUGGGCGCAUGUGAUUCCGUAUUUUAAGAAGGGCGGGGUGAAGGGCCUUGCGCGGUCGAUGCCGACGAGCAAGGCGAUCGAUCUGGUCGCGCAGAAGAAGGGCCUGGAGUACUUUGAGGUGCCCACAGGCUGGAAGUUCUUUGGGAACCUGAUGGACGCUGGGCGCCUUUCGAUCUGCGGCGAAGAAUCUUUUGGGACGGGCUCGGACCACAUCCGUGAGAAGGAUGGUAUCUGGGCGAUUAUUGCGUGGCUGAACAUCCUGGCCGCUGCGAACAAGGAGUCCCCGAACGAGCUCAUCGGGAUCAAUGAGCUCCUGCAGAAGCACUACGCCAAGUACGGCCGUUCGUUCUUCAGCCGGUACGACUACGAAGAGGUGCCCUCGGACGGGGCGAACAAGAUCGUCGCGCUGCUCGACGAAGCCAUCAAAACCUCUUCGCUCAACGGCACCGCGCACGUCGCGAAGACGGCGGCAGGGCAGGAGUUCACGAUCGCCUCUGUCGAGUCGUUCUCGUACACGGACCCGAUCGACGGCAGCGUGAGCACGAACCAGGGGCAGGUGCUCAACUUCGCGGACGGGUCGCGCGUCGUGUUCCGCCUGAGCGGGACGGGCAGCGCGGGCGCGACGGUGCGCAUGUACGUUGAGCGGUACGUUGCGCCUGAGGCGGGGGCGGCGGAGCUCGGGCGCGAUACGGCGGAGGGGCUCAAGGGGCUUAUUGAGGUUGCGCUCGGGAUCACGAAGCUGAAGGAGAGUCUGGGCAGGGAGGAGCCGACGGUUAUUACGGUGCGUUUAUGCCGCGUUUUUCUCGUUCAGAGAUUGAGUUUGUUCGAUGAUGACCCUGAUUAG